AGAUAUUUUCUGAUUUUUUUUUUUUUUUUGAAGGAAAAUCCAUUUAGAGAACGGAUCUCAGAAGUUUUUACGCGACGCCAGGAUUCAGGACAAUCAACGUCCCUCUCCGAAGGAAUCUGUUUCGAGGAAUUUCUCGAGAUGUUGUCCGUGUUCUCUGAACAAGCACCGCGGGAUUUGAAAGUCUUUUACGCCUUCAAAAUUUACGAUUUCGACGAGGACGGGGUGUUGGGUCUGGGCGAUUUGGAGCGCACCUGUCGGCAACUGACUCGAGGUGGGCUAAGUGCCGAAGAGGUGGCUACCGUGUGUCGAAAAAUUUUGGAGGAGAGCGACAUAGACGGCGACGGGGCUCUGUCCUACCUCGAGUUCGAGCACGUUGUAACCAGAUCUUCCGAUUUCAUGGCGACUUUCCACAUAAGAAUAUGAAUAUUGCACAAUCGAUCAAUAU